AAACAGCGGACGGAGGGCCGGCGGCGGCGGCGGCGGGGCCGGAGCGAGCAGGAGUUCGGCGGCCUCACCUGUCCCCACUCUCCGGCGGCGACCGGCGACCGGCGGCGGCGGGCAGCGCGGCAGGCGGGGAAGGCCGCCGCCAGCUUAGGCUGCUAAGGAGAGAGGGAACCUACAAGUCGGCCAGUCUGUUUUCCAUCAUUUUUCUGUGUCUAGCAGUUUCCUUCGAUCGUCUGUGGUGUGCAACAGAGAAACAUGGCUCAAGAAACUAAUCACAGCCAAGUGCCUAUGCUUUGUUCUACUGGCUGCGGAUUUUAUGGAAACCCUCGCACAAAUGGCAUGUGUUCAGUGUGCUAUAAAGAACAUCUCCAAAGACAGAAUAGUAGUAAUGGUAGAAUCAGCCCACCUGCGGCUUCUGUCGGCACCCUGUCCGAGUCUUUCCCGGUCCAGUGCGCGGACGGCAGCGUCCCCGAUGCACAGUCACCCCUAGACUCCACAUCUGCAUCCGUGCAGCCCAGCCCUGUAUCAAAUCAGUCGCUUUUAUCCGAAUCUGUAGCAUCUUCCCAAGUGGACAGUACGUCUGUGGACAAAGCAAUCCCUGACACGGAAGACCUGCAAGCUUCAGUAUCAGAUACGGCACAGCAGCCAUCUGAGGAGCAAAGCAAGUCUCUUGAAAAGCCAAAACAGAAAAAGAACCGCUGUUUCAUGUGCAGGAAGAAAGUAGGACUUACUGGGUUUGAAUGCCGGUGUGGACAUGUGUACUGUGGUGUACAUCGUUACUCAGACGUGCACAAUUGCUCGUACAAUUACAAAGCUGAUGCCGCGGAGAAAAUCAGAAAAGAAAACCCGGUAGUUGUCGGCGAAAAGAUCCAGAAGAUCUGAACUCCUGCUGGAAUACAAACUCCUUUGACCAUCUGCAAACUAAAAGUUGACUUGAGGUCUUUUUUCCUAGUCCUGGGGAGUGUAGAGCAGUGUGCGUGGCACAGACCUUUUAAUCAUGCAUGUCAACCAGAAGAAUAGAUUUUUGGUUUUGUUUUGAAAAUGACUCUGAACAUUUAUUUCCAUUGCAGUUUCUGUGGCUGAAAAGACUUAAGUAAACUUUACAAGUAUUAUCCUUCUAAGAUCAUUUUAAUUUUAGUUGAGCGCAGAGGGCUUUUCUAACAAACGUGGAGACCUUUUGGAGGGCUGUGAUUUUUCCAGUAUUAAACAUGCAUGCGUUGAACUUGCAGUUUAUUUUUCUCAUUGUGUGUGUAUAUAGAGCUUUUCUCUGCAGCACGAUUUCUCUUUUGAUAAUGCCCGUUAGGGCACAACUAGUUACCAGUAACUGAAUGUAUCUUAAUCAUUAUGGCUGCUUCUGUUGUUUCAUUAACAAAGGUUAUACCUGUGUUAGCAUAUAGUUUCUUUGCACCCACUAUUUAUGUCUGAAUCAUUUGUCACAGGAGAGUGUGUGCCGAUGAGAUUCUACGUUUGUGUGUUUCUGAAUUGUUUGAGAGAGGGAAGGAACGGCUGUGUGCGUUUCAUCGCCGACCGCAGGCUUCUUUCGGUAGUGUUCACCGGUCUGGGUGUGUACACGAUACGAAGAACGAUCUGGAGUCAUCGUGCUGUGUUUAUGUUUACCCCACCUGUCUGUGAUUAAAUAAAAAGGAAAACCACA